GGCAACAGCCUGGUUUUGAUCCUCAUCUUUCUCAGUCCUACUCUUCACACCCCAAUGUACUUCUUCCUUUGGAACUUGUCCUUUUUGGAAAUUGGCUAUACCUUGUCUAUCAGCCCAAAGAUGCUCCUGAACUUAUUAUCAGAGAGCCAGACUAUAUCCUUUUGGGGCUGUGGAUGUCAAAUGUGUUUCUUCCUUCUCUUUGGUGUCACUGAGUGUUGUCUUCUUUCUGUCAUGGCAUAUGACCGCUAUGUUGCCAUUUGCAAACCCUUGCAAUAUCCAUAUAUCAUGAACUACAGGGAAUGUGCUAAGCUUGCUGCUACCACAUGGGCCUUUGGGAUUUUCGUGGGUUUGGGGUACUCUAUUUCAAUCUUCACCCUUCCCUUCUGUGGGUCGAAUCAAAUUAACCAUUUCUUCUGUGAUCUUAUGCCUGUUCUGAGGCUGGCAUCUACCAAUACCUACAAAAAUGAGGUGGCCAUUUCUGCAUUAACAGUGCUAGCUGAUUUGAUACUCUUUUCACUCAUUCUCUGUUCCUACAUCCUCAUCAUCUCCACUAUUUUCACGAUGCCAGUAGCCAAGAACAGGCGCAAAGCAUUUUCCACUUGUUCCUCACAUCUCACUGUUGUCUUCAUUUUCUAUGGAACUGUCAUUUUGACCUACAUUCGUCCCAAUUCGGCAUAUUCUGUGGACAGUAACAGGCUCCUUGGCCUGCUCUAUACAGUAGUGACUCCAAGCUUGAACCCCAUCAUUUACAGC